GAGGGGGCGGGAGGAGGAAGGCGGCAGCUCUCGGGAGGAGCCUGUCCAGCGUGAGACAGCACAUUCAGCCGGCGGCGGCGGUCCUGCCGCAGGAACGGGCGGCACCGCGCACCGCCGCGGCGGCGGCGGCCAUUUGGGCUGCGGGGUUCGGUGAGAGCUGCGCGGCAACGGGAGUCGCUCCGCAUCGCUCGGGCGCCGACGGAGCAGAAUCAAAAUGUCGGACAAAAGUGAUUUAAAAGCAGAACUUGAGCGCAAAAAGCAGCGCUUGGCUCAGAUAAGAGAAGAAAAGAAACGGAAGGAAGAAGAAAGGAAGAAGAAAGAGGCUGAUCUACAGCAAAAGAAGGAGCCAGCUCAAGAAGAUUCUGACCUAGACCGCAAGAGAAGAGAGACAGAAGCUUUGUUGCAGAGCAUUGGCAUAUCCCCAGAACCACCUCUAGUGCAGUCGCUGCAUGUGUUAACAUGGGAUACCUGUUAUUUUCAUUAUUUAGUCCCAACCCCUAUGUCUCCCUCUUCGAAAUCAGUGAGCACACCCAGUGAUGCAGGCAGCCAGGACUCUGGAGAUCUGGGACCCAUAGGAAGGACCUUGCAAUGGGACACAGACCCCUCAGUGCUGCAGCUCCAGUCUGACUCUGAACUUGGACGCAGACUGCACAAACUAGGGGUGUCAAAGAUUACCCAGGUUGAUUUCUUACCUCGGGAGGUGGUGUCAUAUUCCAAGGAGACCCAGACACCUCUUGCCACGCAUCAGUCUGAAGAGGAUGAAGAUGAUGAAGAAAUGGUGGAACCAAAAGCACAGGAUAACUUGGAGACAGAAAAUCAAGACCAGAAGCAGGAAACAAAAGAAGCUCCUCCCAGAGAAUUGACAGAAGAAGAAAAACAGCAAGUUCUCCAUUCAGAAGAAUUCCUGAUAUUUUUUGACCGGACAAUACGUGUAAUUGAGCGAGCUUUGGCUGAAGAUUCAGACAUAUUCUUUGACUACAGUGGCAGAGACGUAGAAGAGAAAGAUGGAGAUGUUCAAGCAGGAGCCAACCUUUCUUUUAACCGUCAGUUCUACGAUGAGCACUGGUCAAAGCAUCGUGUUGUCACCUGUAUGGAUUGGUCUCUGCAGUACCCUGAGUUGAUGGUUGCAUCUUAUAACAAUAAUGAAGAUGCUCCCCAUGAGCCUGAUGGGGUAGCCCUGGUAUGGAAUAUGAAGUUCAAGAAAACCACACCAGAAUAUGUUUUCCAUUGUCAGUCCUCUGUGAUGUCUGUCUGUUUUGCCCGCUUUCACCCAAACCUGGUUGUUGGUGGAACAUACUCUGGCCAAAUUGUCUUGUGGGAUAAUCGCAGCCACAGACGAACUCCUGUUCAAAGAACUCCCUUAUCUGCUGCUGCUCACACGCAUCCGGUGUAUUGUGUCAAUGUAGUUGGAACACAGAAUGCACACAAUCUCAUCACUGUCUCCACAGAUGGCAAAAUGUGCUCCUGGAGCCUCGACAUGCUCUCAACUCCACAGGAGAGCAUGGAGUUGGUGUACAACAAGUCCAAACCAGUGGCAGUUACAGGAAUGGCUUUCCCAACAGGAGAUGUCAAUAACUUUGUUGUUGGCAGUGAAGAGGGAACAGUCUACACAGCCUGUCGUCAUGGAAGUAAAGCCGGCAUUGGUGAAAUUUUUGAAGGCCAUCAAGGACCUGUCACAGGAAUCAAUUGCCACAUGGCAGUGGGCUCAAUUGACUUUUCCCAUCUCUUUGUCACAUCAUCAUUUGACUGGACAGUGAAGCUGUGGACCACAAAGCACAACAAGCCGCUCUACUCCUUUGAAGACAAUGCCGACUAUGUCUACGAUGUCAUGUGGUCGCCAGUGCAUCCCGCGCUCUUCGCCUGCGUGGACGGGAUGGGGCGCCUGGAUCUGUGGAACCUGAAUAACGACACCGAGGUUCCCACAGCAAGUGUGACAAUAGAAGGAGCUUCUGCCCUCAACCGUGUCCGCUGGGCUCAGGCUGGGAAGGAGGUAGCAGUUGGUGAUUCAGAAGGCCGCAUAUGGAUCUAUGAUGUUGGAGAGCUGGCAGUGCCGCACAACGACGAAUGGACGCGCUUCGCUCGGACCCUGGUGGAGAUCCGCGCCAACCGGGCGGACAGCGAGGAGGAGGGGGCGGUGGAGCUGGCGGCAUAGAGGAAGAGGAGGAGCGGCCUUCCCUGCUGUCGUGCUGUGGCUGCCGAUGCCAGCGUGCGUGCCAGUACUGCUCAGAGCAUUCCAUGCUAAUCACACGGCUUUACACGGGGCUGAAAAAAUCCAGAGCAUUUUCAUACUUUAUAUUUCUGUCUGAAAGGUAAGAAAGAAAAGACAAAUCAACCCUUUAUGGGUUUAGUUGUUGCCUUUUAACUACUUAGUAGCCGUAUUUAAUGGGUAGGAACCCCUGGUUAAACUUGUGCUCACAUUGCCCUUCUGGCGUAGUCCUAUUAAAUCCAUAUGAAGCCAGAUAUGAUUAUGUGCAGAUGUGGUGUGCUUCACUGUAUGGGACUGGGCCAAAGGCUUUAGAUGUGGUGUUUCACAUGGUGACUUACAUUAUGAAUGGAUGUACUAUACGAAAGUUGCUGCUCCUUAUUUAUUGCGGUGUGCUGCAUGGAACAUAUUUAUUUGAAAGCAUUAAAAUAAACGAUCCUAAAGCAUGUGCAUAAUGAGAGAACUGCAUUGUCUGUGUGCUGCUGUAGAGGUUACAUUAAAGUCCACGUAACAAUUACAGUGCAUCAGUUGUGCUUAAGAUGUAAGAUCUAUAAAGGUUGGCUUGAGUGGAUGGAGUGCGUUUCCUUUCCUCUUUUUAAGACGCCCAUUAUUUCUAGGCACUUUAACAAUAUUUCAAAUACAGUUGGUCACUGAUACUUGUCAUGCAAGUUAACACUAACAGUCUGACAAAGGGUUGUGGUUCCCGAGUAUGACACUAGCGUUGCCAAUAAAAUGUAUCCAGCCUG